AUGAGCAACUGGCUCACCAUCGCAACGGCUCUCAGCUCCGCGCUGAUCCGAGUCGCGAGCUUCAUUUUCCUUCGAUGGAUUCCAGGCCAUCCAUUUCCUCCUGUGAUUCUGGCAUGUUCCGGAAUAUAUCUAUCGUCAACGGUUUUGUUACUGGGGCCGGCUAAUGAAGAGCCUGUGGAAGCAACAACAACCGAAAAGUCUCGCACAAAGCCGCGCAAGCAAAAUGGUUCAGACAGUGGCUCCCUUUCAGCACAUCUGAUAGGCGUGCCAUCGAAAAAAAAUGUGUUUGCGACAGCGCUCAACAUCUUGAUAAACCUGGCUUUGACAGGCUUUACGCUUGACUUUCUUUACCGUGGCCGAGUUUUGUAUCCUACGGAUGAGCUUGCAUUUUCUCGAAUCGGCUACGUCUCUCCGACGACGGCGAAUUUACUGGUCAGAGAACCACACGUCUCCAACUUCCCCGUGACAAUCAAAUAUCAAGAAGCCACACACUCCGACUCGGAUUACUGGACUGAAGAAGGCAAAAUAUACCAACUCAAUGCCGCGAAAGAUUUCACCUUUCCAGUGACGAUCAAAAACCUCAAACCAUCAACACAAUACCGUUACACCUUGUCAAACAAUCAGACGGGCACUUUUAUCACUGCUCCACAGUCUGGAACACAGUCAGCAAACAGACUCUCUUUUUUGACUUCGAGCUGUAUCAAGCCGAAUUUCCCUUACAGCGCUUUCUCACACCCUCUCCGCAUAUUGGGUCUUGAGCAAAUAUCGCACGCAAUCAAGAAAUUACCCUCGCUGCACCGGCCGUCAUUCAUGCUCUUUCUCGGAGACUUUAUCUAUAUUGACGUGCCGCUUAGACAUGGCUCUUCCUUGGAGGAAUAUCGAGCUGAAUACAGACGUGUAUACUCCUCCCCAAGCUGGCACGAACCCGCUGAUGAACGUCCCAUUGAUCUGCCCUGGCUCCAUACCAUGGACGACCAUGAAAUCGCAAACGACUGGGACAAGGGCAACAUGACACAUCCUUACCCAGAGGCCGCUGACCCUUUCAAUCUGUAUCAUGUCAGCGUAAACCCGCCCAUCCCCCCACUGCCAUAUGCCGUCCCUGAAAACACGACAUACUUCUCCUUCAUACAAGGGCCCGCAUCUAUCUUCAUGCUCGACACACGCACAUACCGCACAACUCCAAAUCUCCCCAACUCCACAAUCCUAGGGUAUGCACAACUCAACUCUUUGUUAGCAUUCAUCUCUCGCCCCGAACCCGCAGAAGUAAAAUGGAAAAUCAUCGCGUCUAGCGUGCCAUUUACCAAAAACUGGCGAGUCGGUACACAGGAUACAUGGGGCGGCUUCCUGGACGAGCGCCGCCUCGUUCUCGAAGCACUAUGGCGCGCUGAGCGCGAACUCGGCGUUCGCAUUGUGCUACUAAGUGGUGACCGGCACGAAUUCGGCGCAACUCGUUUUCCAGACCCAAGCUACGAAUUAACAUCAAACGAGCUGGCAUCAGAUACAGCAGAUGCAUAUGGAAUCCACGAAUUCAGCGUCGGCCCCUUGAACAUGUUCUAUCUCCCCAUCCGAUCAUACCGCCAAACCGACAGCGAGGAUAUAAUGGUCAAAUACGUCCCCGACGGAAAUGUGAAAUUCGGACAGAUCGAUAUUGAUCUGUACGAUGGUACGGGCGGCGCAUCUGACGUCAUGCUUGAUAAUCUUGAAGGACCACACUCGGUACUUACGUAUUCUCUGCAUGUUGAUGAUAAGGUAGUGUGGAAGUAUCAACUCUCCAUCCCCUUGCUGCCUGACGAGAUUGGGACUGGUGCAAAGGCGCGAUUACCGCCUGGGAAGGUCCUUUUUGAUGAGGCACCUUUGCGUGGUUGGGGUUUACAAGAGCAGAUCGGUUUUGUUGAAGAGAAGGCGAGGAUCGUCUGGGAUAGCUUGAAGGAGAGGAUUACCCCAGUUUUGAAUUAG